AUGGCUGGCCAAAGCGUAGAAUUUCAAAACAAAACAGGCCAAAAAAGUCAAAAGUGGAUUAUAAAUGAACACGGCUACUUGGUUUCUGAAAUUAAUGGCUUUGGAAUUGAUGUUGACACGGGAAGCCAACCUUUUUGUGGCCAAGUCGUAAAAAAAUAUGAUCCCUUUGACACGAAAGACUUGUUAGGUUACAAACUUAAAGCUCGAACAUUUCAGCCCAAUAAAAAUUCAAUGAUGUGGAGACCAACUGAUAACGGAGAAAUCUUGAAAAACGUGAAACUGAAGUUGACCUUGAAGUUUGUUAGGUUUCAAGAGUGCACCGAUGACUCAAGUCUCUCAAUUCACACCCUGGCACUAUUCAGAAAUGACGAAAGUUAUCAUCCCAAUCAGUUCCAAUGUAUUGAAAACCAUCUGUGUAAAAAUGACCAACGUGAUUUUGAGCGUUAUUUGAACUAG